CAUUUCCCAAGAAUCCCUGCGCCUGCUGGGUGACGGCGUCUGUUAACACGAGGCUCCGAGAACGUGGUUCGGGGUUUGAGCGGCUGUUUCGGGGUUUGAGCUGCUGGUGCGGCAGUGUGCACGAUGCCCAAGGCCAAGGGAAAGACUCGGAGGCAGAAGUUCGGUUACAAUGUUAACCGAAAGCGUCUGAACCGGAAUGCUCGUCGGAAGGCAGCGCCACGGAUCGAGUGCUCCCACAUCCGACAUGCCUGGGACCACACCAAAUCCGUGCGGCAGAACCUGGCGGAGAUGGGGUUGGCCAUGGACCCCAACAAGGCGGUUCCCCUCCGUAAGAGGAAGGUGAAGACCAUGGAGGUAGACACAGAAGAUAGACCCAAGGAUCUAGUGAGGAAGCCCUAUGUGGUAAAUGACCUGGAGGCAGAAGCCAGCCUCCCAGAGAAGAAAGGAAACACCUUAUCUCGUGACCUCAUUGACUAUGUUCAGUACAUGGUGGAGAGCCACGGGGAGGACUACAAGGCCAUGGCUCGAGAUGAGAAGAAUUACUAUCAAGAUACCCCCAAACAGAUUCGGAAUAAGAUCAAUGUCUAUAAGCGCUUUUAUCCAACGGAAUGGCAAGCCUUCACCGAUUCUUUGCAGAAUAAGAAGAUGGAGGUAGACUGAGUGGUGUACAUCCCCAGACUCAGGCCUACUGGACCAAAGAAACCAAAGCCAGGCUUUAAAAAGGCAAGGAACGUACAGUUUCAGAUGAUGCUGGCAAAGUCCUGUGGAAUCAGGUUUUACACACUUUCUCUCUCUCCUGGAGAAGGAGCUCAGGGUUUUUU